AAACCCUCAUCUUUCACUCUCUCAGAGAAAACCCUAGCGGCCACCACCACCUCCUCCUCCUCGCUCGAGCUCCUCCGCCGCAUCGGAUCUCCCCGAUUCCCGCAAGCAGAGAGCGACCAUGGCGGAAGUGGAGGCCGACGUCGCGGUUGCUGGCCAGCCGAAGAAGAGGACGUUCAAGAAGUUCUCCUUCCGGGGGGUCGACCUGGACGCGCUCCUCGACAUGUCCACGGACGAGCUCGUCAAGCUCUUCACCGCCCGGGCUCGCAGAAGGUUCCAGAGGGGUCUCAAGAGGAAGCCCAUGGCCCUGAUUAAGAAGCUGCGCAAAGCGAAAAGGGAGGCUCCUGGUGAGAAACCCGAACCAGUCAGAACUCACCUGCGUAAUAUGAUCAUUGUUCCAGAGAUGAUUGGGAGCAUCAUUGGAGUCUACAAUGGUAAAACCUUCAACCAAGUCGAAAUAAAGCCUGAGAUGAUUGGACAUUACCUGGCCGAAUUCUCCAUUAGUUACAAGCCUGUCAAGCACGGUAGACCAGGUAUCGGUGCCACCCAUUCGUCGAGGUUCAUUCCUCUCAAGUAAAAUCGACGGGGCAGCCUGAGAGGUCUCAUCCGUCUGUGUUUCUUUUUGCAAGGACGACCAUCAUCAUUUUGGAUGUCAGUUGCUAUGUUAUUUUAGCUUAUGUUUCGAGUAUCAGAGAUACUUCUGAGGCAGAAUUCUUCAGUUUGUUAAAAUAUAAGUUGUGGCAGUUGAAGCAUUCACCUAUUGUUGCGAAUUUUCUGGAUGGUUCAUACAUUGUGCGGUAAUAGUGCUCUUAUUAAGUCGUGGUGCUGAACAUUUUCUA